AUGGAUAAGGGAAUGUGGGACGAUCUGCCUGUCUAUCCCUGCCGAUCCGCCCCCCUCUUCACCUCUCAUUCCGUCUCAUUCUAUUUGUCCAACUCAUGCCUAUUCGUAUUCUUUUCCUUCCUCUCAGGGAUAUUUCGUAUGCUCUCAGGUGUAUGGGUAUUGGCGAAUUGUAAAGUCGCUUUCUCUCUAUGCUCGAACCGAACCAAAAAUCUUGUGAAACCUUUGCAUAAAAAACGUGGAAAUAUUUUUGCUGAAGUACGUGAAAGUGGCAUUAGCUUAGAUAUAAGGCUAUGGACUUAUCAAGGAUAUCAAAGUCUCGUCCUUCUGCUUAACUCUUCCAGUUCUUUGGUCAAAUUAGAACAAGGAAACAAAUGUUGGAGGAAACAAGGAUUCACUCAGAGCGAUUGGGUUGCUCAUUUUAUGAACAUUUUCGAUAAAUAUGAGAUUCAAAAGUUGCAAAUCAAUAAUGCCAGCCUAUGUCACCUGGAUACUGUCAAACAAAUUAUUCCGAAAUGCCAAAUAAUUCUCAUCAGGGAACAAUGUUCCGCAGAGCUCACAAAAACGGCGUUCUUGAAAUUAGCACCUAUUGCUAAGAAGGUACAAAUCAACAACAACCCAUUUGACAGUGAGAAUGAUAUCUCCGAACUUUUAACACUAAAUUUGAAAUCUGUAAGUUUCAUCGCAUCGCAAAACUCAUUUGAGCUAAAAUUGGAUGAUUUAUUACUCUCUAACAUUAUCAAUCUAUAUAUCACAACUGUAAAUAUCACUGGAAAAGAAUUGAAAAGAUUUCUGAAAGUAUGGAUAAAGAGCAGUCAUAGAUUCUACCGGCCGAAAUUCAUAAAACUCCGGUUAAGCGAUGAAAUGGAAAUAAGUCAUGUAGAAGUUCUGAAAGGAAUCAAAUAUGAAAUCGUUCGGUGUAAUACUUGUGCAUUCCGAUUGAAACGUUCAGAUGGAAAGGAGUUGACGGUGUUUUUUAUCACAAGACAACUUAUCGAUUUUACAUUUGAAUAA